AUGAGCACGAAAUUUUACGCAGUGGCUCAUGGAUUCAAGCGAGGCGUCUUCACGGAUUGGGAUGAAGCUAAGAAGCAGAUUGACAAUUUCCCACAACCGGUUUAUAAGAAAUUCGAUAGCGAGGAAGAGGCGGAGAAAUAUGUUGAAGCUCGAAAACCGAAGAAAAUUGAAUUGACGUUCCCGGAGCCCACUCACGAUCACUAUUAUGCUGUGGCUCGCGGACACGUUGUGGGAGUUUUCACCGAUUAUGCGGAUGUUAAGAAACAUAAAUUCGAUGAGUUGAAUGAAGCGAUCGCCUAUUUUAAGAAGUUCUAUGAAGGAAAUGAUGGCGGCUCAUCGGAAUCCAAGAAGAAUGAGGAGAAGAAGAAGGUUUCUGAUUCGGAAGUUUUCUACGCUGUGGCUCGAGGUCAUGAGACUGGAGUAUUUUCAACAUGGGACGAAUGCAAAAAGCAGACGACGGGAUUCAAAGGCGCCAAAUUCAAGAAGUUUGAUAAUAAGGAGGAUGCGGAGAUGUUCGCGCAAGGGAAAACCUUGAAGCAAAUCGAAGAAGCUCAUUCUGGAGGUCAGAAGCGAAAAAGUGGUGGAGAAGCAUCAGAAGAGGUCGAAGUGAAAAAGAGAAAGAAGAAUUGA